UUCUUGUUUUCACGCCAGAUGCACUCAUUUUUACCGUCAGAUUGUAUUUCCCACUUUGAAUAACCUUAAAUGUCAUUGGUUCGUUCGCUCUUUUAAUAUGCUAUUUUGUGAUGUUUCUCAAGGAUAUUUUUAUGCAGUAUACAUACUCAUGAGUUGUGGGCUUGCUGUUGUUCGUGAUUCUGGCUGCUUAUGCAAUAUACUUCCUCUCUCUAAACCCGAACUUCUCCCUUUAGUUAGCGGGGCUGGAACGCAUCUGAAGGGUUAGCUUAUCUUGUCAUUUUAUCUCUGAGCCUUCAUUCCGGUCUCUGAUUUAGAUGAUCUCGUAAUCUCUUCAAACAUAGCGAGAUCCCACAUAAACAAAAUUUACUAGGGAUACUAUAAUACAAAGUCGUUACAAAUCUGUUUUCACCAUCACCAACAGUACGUUGAAAAUUAUAGACUGGUCAAGUACUUUGCCGACUAGUACUGAAUUUUAUUGAAUUCAAUGUAUAUAUAAGAAAGUUCAUAGAAUCGUUAUUAUGAUAGAAUGUAAUUGAUUUGUUGUUUACUUAAUUCCAGAUAUGAAGUUGAUAAAAAAGAUUCAAAAUCUUUGAUGAUAAUAAAACAACUAAGAAUGUGAAAUUUAUUAGCUCAGUCUGUUGAGAUCAUGAUCAAAAGAUUUACAUAAAGGAUUUAUGCAUUCAGAAAUACACUAUUAUUAUUAUUAUCAAUCCGGUUUCUUCCUAAUGGUUUCACUUUCCAUAAUCCUUUAUGUGAUUUACCUUCCCAAUUGUAUAUUGCAUCUUGUUACAUAAUUAAACUGUAUUCAGUUGACCCAUCAUCCAUUCUAUGAAAUAUAACGUUAAUUUUUCAAUUCGUAUUAACUUUUCUCACUUAUUCUUCUUAGUUUUCUUCUCUUUUAGUAUAUUUAUAUAUUUUAGAAUAUGACAAAAAGGAUUCUUUCAAUUCUUCUGCAUUUAUUUGGUUUUUUUGCAGUACUCAUUAUCAGGAUCAACAAAAAUUCUAAUGAAAAUGUUUCUAGAAAUAUUUACACUUAUUUAGUUUUAAAUAAUGACUUAUAUUCUUUUUAGAUUGUAAACAACCGAAGUGAAUCUUCACAUUAUAAAUCAAAUUCAUUCUAUUCUGCUAUGAUUGAUUCUUUUUAUUUAUAACUAUUUUCAUUUUACUAAAUAUUAGAAAGUUUUUUUGUUUGUUUUUAUUCUUAACAAAAAUCUUUAUUGUUUAUAUCUUAUUUUUGCUUAUUAUUUAGUAUAAACUUUUAAAUAAACAAAAAAGAAGGCGUACUCAUGAAGAAUGAAUAGAACCUAUUUGAAUUUAUCUACUCAUCCAGUAACUUCAACAGUUGAUAAUACUUCAUUGAAUACAAUGUCAACAACAAAAGUUCGUUUCAGUUCAGAUUUAUGUAAUGGUCAUAUAUCGUCAUCAUCAUCAUCCUUUAAAACAAAUUCAAAUAAUUUAUGCGAUGCACCAUCUUCAUCAUCAUCAACUGGUGAUUAUUCAACAUCAUCUGAAUUCAGUAGUACAUCACAUAUUUUGAAAAACUUUACUAUUGGUGAUCGAGUUUUUUUAAGUAGAACAAAACAACAUGGUACAAUUGCAUAUAUUGGACCAACACAUUUUUCCGCUGAAGAUCUUGUCGGUGUUGUAUUAGAUUCCAACUCUGGGAAACAUGAUGGCAGCAUAAAUGGAAUACGAUAUUUUCAGUGUCCAGCAAGACGUGGGUUAUUUUGUCCGAUCGGUGACUUGUUCCCAGUGGACCAAAAAAACAUUUUUUCGAGAAAUAGAAUUCGACCUAAUACUAAUUGUGAAGUCAACCAGAAGCUCAAGUUUCAUAUCUCUGAUAAACGGGCAUCAUCUAAUUCCUUCUAUAAUCAAUUUGACAGAUAUGACCGUAAACGUCAUUCAUUAAGACUUCCUAAAACAACAGAUAAUGCAUACUUACAAGAAAGUGGAAAAUUUCAGAGAUCCUGGUCUGAAAGGAGUACAUCUACUGGAAAACUAUGGAAAGAUUCUGAAUUUAGUACCUCCAAUCGAAUUGUUGAACCCUAUGACGUACCAAAGGAAAUAAAAGAUCAUCGAUAUAAUACUCUACCAGAAUAUUCAAAUUACUCUUCAAAUAAUACAUCAUUAUCUAGUUUACAUUUUAUUCGAACCGGUAGUCUUUCUAAAAUAAAACAAAAUUAUGAAUUUAAAAAAAGUAAUACUAUAUGUGGUAUUAAUUCAAUUUCUUCUACAUCAAAAUUAUAUGAUCAACGUCACAGAAAUAGUUUAAAUAAUAAUAAUAAUAAAUUAAACUUAUUCAAUUCAAAAUAUUCUUCUAAUAAAUUGUCAACAUAUACAUCCAAUUCAUCUUUAUUCAAUGUACAAUUUAGAAAUUCUUUAAAAUUAAUUAAAUUAAAAACUAAAUUCAAUAAAUAUUCUAUUGAACAAUUAAUAAAUAAUAAUUUUAAUAAUAAAAAUGAUCAUAUACAACAGAAUUAUUUAUUGAAUGAAAAUCAAUUAGUUCUUAUGAAUAAUGUUAUUCAUUGUGCACAAGAAAGAUUAAAUGAUUUACAAAAUCAAGUUUUACAAUAUCAUGAAAUGAAUGUGAAAUUAACAAAACAAUUAACAUUUGUUAAAAUAUGUCAGCAAGAAAUUUUGUGUAAACUUGGUGAAGGACCAAAGAAUGAUGUGUGUGAAUCACAGCAAAUAGAUCAACAACAAAAACAACGAAUUUGUGAAAUUAAACAUAAACUUUUUCUAGAAUAUGAAAAAUUACAAAAUUUGGCAAAGAACUUUUCUGCGCUAAAAAUUACCAAUAUGGAUAUCAUUCCAAAGGUUGUAUAUAAUGGCCAAAAUUAUAAUAAGCAAACUAUUCUAAACAAUUGUUAUAAGGAGGAAAAUAGUGUUGUUAUGGCAACUGUUCAUCCUUUUGAAAAAAGUGAUUACAGUAACAAAAUCACUGCUAAUAAUGAUGUUUAUUGUAAAGAUAUAACAUCCAAUAAUAAUGGUGAUAAUCUUAAAAGUCAACUGGAUAAUACUAGUAAUUUACAGGAAGUUAUGAAACUUAGAAAACAAAUACUUAUCAUUUAUGAAUCUUAUCAAUGUCAUUAUCAAGAUGUAUUGAAAAAAUUAAAAACUCAUCAAUAUGCAUUAAAUGAUCAAAUGUGUGAAAUACGCGAGUGUGAUCUUAACGAAGACUCGCAUUCAUUUUCCCUACCGACCAAAUCAAUUGCUCUAUCCAGCUGUCAUUACAACAUUAACAAUUUGCAUUUAUUUGAUCCAGAGUGUGACGCACAGAAAUCAUUGGACUUUCAUAAAUCAAUUUGUGAGGAACAUAAAAUGCUAUUGAAAGAAGCUAAAAAUAAAAAUUACAAACUUUCGAUGGAACUAAGUGUCGUUAAUGCAGAGAUAACACAUCUGAAUGGUCGACCAGAAAUACAACUACAUAACCACCUAAAGAAGUUAGAAUUAUAUAAAACUACCAAUGAUAAUUUACAUCAAACAAUUCAACAUUUAGAAGAACAAAUUGCUAGAGUUCAUAAAGAAUUAGAAGAUGCUAAAAAUAAACUCAAUAAGGAGGAUGGUAUACAUAUGGCGCUCAUGCGAAUGAAUCUUCGAAUUCAUCAAUUAAAACAAAUGGAAAUCAAAGCCCAUAGUCUCAUAAACGAUCAGUGCAUGAGUAUAAAAACAAAAGAAAAGGAACUAACAGAGACAAUUAAUAAAAUGGAUUUAUUGUCCGAAGUCUGGGCUAAUGAAAGGCAAGUCAAAAUUGAGACAAUUCAAAAAUUACGCGAAAAUCUUAAAUUUCUGUCAAACAAAUCUCCAAAAGUCCAUAUAACGAAUAAAGCAAUUCGAAUACAGUAUACUGACAGCAUAACCAAUAAUGGUGAACAGAAACCAGACACACAAGAACCUCACCUACCAUACUCGUUAUUUAGUGCUUUAUGCAAAGAAAUACGCCGUUUACAAUCUCGUUCGGUCAGUCUUGUAGAAGCAUUAGACUUAUUGAGCACAGGGAGUUACAAUUCAGAAAGGCUUGAUCAUAUUAAAAAUUUAGUAUUUUCUUCAAACCAAACAAAAAAGUAAGUAGAAAAUCUUAAAGCUUUUAAUUAUGGUGAAACUUCUGGCGUAACGAAGUAGCUGAUAAGUUCUUUCGAAAUUUAUAAACACACUAAAAAUAGUUUAUAAAAACUAACACAGAACAGUUUGAAAUACUUUUAUGUUCAGGAUUGUCAGUCCACAGUGCCACAGUGGAUUGUAUCUCGGAUAUUUCAGUAUACUGACAAACAAAAUCCACACUUAAAUUUGGUCAGUUCUUCAAAAAAAGUGAAUUUUCGCCUAGACGAUUAACUUCUGCUUUUCACUAAUACCCUAUAUAAGGCCUCAGUAAUUAUAUACAAGUUAUAAUGUUUAUUUUAGUAAUUUACACAUAUUUGCCUUGUAUCAAAUUGACAGUACAUACACCAUAAAUUGGAAGAACAUGCCUUUGAACAAUGUCGGCACUAAUAUCAAAAGGAAUAUGGAUACAAGACCAUUUAACACUGUUCGAUCUAUCAAACAGCGUAAUAACGGAACUGUAUCAUCGAAUGCCCAUUCACCUAAAAGGAUGUCAGGUGUUUCCGUAGCUUCUCGUCAUAGUAAACAUGUAACAAUCAGUGAUAAUCGCAGGCAAAGAAUUUCAUCAUACAAAAAUUAUUCUGAUGGUAAUUCUAAACAUUUGUUAGUACACGAAUCAGUUAAUGAAAAAGCAGUUUAUCCUAACCCACCCACUAGUUUACAAGUAGAAAAUUCAGUCCCACCAUUGCAACAGCGACAUGAACAACAACAAGAUCUAGUGCAAGAAGAAAAAGAAGAAUGUCUACACCAACUACAAGAACAACAGCUCUUUUAUCAUUAUAAUUUACCGAUUUCUUUUAGUCCACGUGUACAACGCCGCCCAGUUUCGUUUUAUUUAAGUCGAAAUAUAGAUAAAUUUGUAAAAUUGCCAAUUCCAGAAGCUGAUGAAGAAGAGCAAACUGACGAUGACGAAGAAAACAUUAGUGAAGUAGUGGAUGAAGAUGAUGACGAGGAAGAGCAGUACGAGGAAAAGAAUGAAAACGUAGAAGAAGUACAAGAUAAAAAUAAAGAGCAUUAUAAUAAUCAUAUUGGGUCCCAUAACCAUGAAGGGAUUGGGGUAGAAACAUCCUAAGAAACAAACAUUGUAUUAAUCAGUAAUCAGUCUUGACCGCAAAUAUAUUUUCUCAAACUUUUAUUUGUAAAAUUCGUUCAUAAUUGAAUAUUAAUAUAAUACUCAAUCAUUUUGUAUCAACCAAACUUAAGACCUAAUAACCUGUGUACAAUAAACUCACAUUCCUUUUUAUUACAUUGUAACAUUAAUGUAUUAUUUACAAGCCACUUUACGUCUAUAUUAAUCAAAACCUUACUGUAAUAACCAAAUAUUACGUGAAUCGAACAAAAAAGGCUGUGUAUAUGAACAAUAAAACACAAUUCUGUUUUCAUAUUACAUACAUGUAAACAAAUGAGUUCUAUGUCUUCACCAUCUGUACCACUCUCAGAAUUCUCAAUAUACAGAAAUUCCUUUCAUCUCUUGAGUUUCAAUUGUUUAUAGAGCUCAUUCAGAAGAUGUAACUAUUUUUUUAUCUACUAAUUACUUCAUAUUCUUCAUUCAUUCUUCCCUUAUUUUAGAUUUUAUUCUGUGCCCACUAAUGCACACAUUGAUUUCAAUGAUUUACUCCUAUUUCUUAUGUCCAAGAUUUAUUUUUCUCUGAAUCCUUACUUUAUCCUAACACUUUUUGCUCACUUCCUGGUCGACAGUAAUUCUUUUUCUAUAUGUUGUACAAAUAAAAAAACACUGUCAUUAAACACAAUUUAUCGUGUCUUAGACAGUAAGCUCAAUAGUUAUUAAUUCAUAAUUAUAUAAAUAUACAUAUUUUCUAAAUAUACUGUUACUAAAUUA